GACACGGUGUAGAUUGCGUGUGUACAAUAUGUGUUUUGACUGUUGCAGUGACAGGUCGAAAAUCAGGCAGGAAGGGUGUGUGUGUUCAGCGGUUUCCUUUCUAGUAGGUUGGCUGAUCAGAACGAGCGGAGGGUGUGAAGGGUGUGUUCUCGCAGGGUUUUUGUGGUAGCAGUUGCGCUACCCGUUGCCUACUCGACAACACUGCCGCUGAGGCGUUGUGAGAAGAAAAAAAAAUUUAGAGAGAGAGGAGCUUCUUGUGCACUGCUGGCUGAGAGCUGUUGAGCCUGCACUCGCCUUCCUGUGGCCCCGGCUUGAGAACCUCAUUCUGAUUGCAGCUUGUCCAUGUGACUCAGUUUCCGUUGCCUGCCUUCUUCCGUGAAUAGUAAAAAAAAAAAAAAAAAAAAGAAGCAUCAGUGCCUCAGCGCCUCAGCCAGAGCGGAGGAAAGCAGCUGAACUUCACACACAUGAGUACGCACUCUGCAACGGCAAGUCAACCAGCGAUAUGGUCAGGGGAUCAACCGUCAGUGGCUUGGGAAAUCCACACCUAACCACCAGUCAGUAAGGAUGAUAAAAUGUCAGUCCACGGGCUCACUCCCAUCCUGCUCUGCUUGUUGCCUGUGUGGAGAAUCCUGACGCCAGUCUCAAGUCAUCCACAGCACGGCCCGUGCUUGGUGAUACAAAGAACGGCUCAAUGCAACAAUGCCAAGCUCUCGUCUGUGCCUGCGAGUCUGCCAGACAACAUCGAGGAACUUCAGCUUGACAACAAUCACAUCCAAACACUACAGGACACCUCUCUUCUUCGUUACCCCUCACUAAAGACACUGGGCUUAGCUUGUAAUGGUUUGGAAAAACUAGAAUUAAACACUUUCCAGGACUCAAAACUCUUAGAAAACCUCAAUCUAGCAAAUAACUAUCUUAAUAUUAGUUACCAAGAAAGUAGCCUUGCAUUAAAAAAACUACCUAGUCUCAGAGCUCUAGAUCUUUCGGAGAACAUGCUUGAUGAUGAAAUGGUUGCAGUUCUUCUUCGAAAUUUAACUUUCUUGGAGUACCUCAAUCUUUCCGGAAACUUCUUACGGAGACUGGAUGAGACCUCAUUCAGCGAUCUCUACCACCUCAAAGAACUGGACCUGCAACGAAACAUGAUGUUUGAGAUUGACGGCGCCUUCGACAGCAAUCCCAAGCUCCAGCGGCUCAACUUGGCUUUCAACUAUCUGCCCUGCCUGACUGACUUCCACAUGGCCCAGCUGGUGGUCCUCAACGUCAGCCACAACAUGAUCGAGUGGUUCAUCUCAAGGCAAGACCUCAAUGACACUUUCCAGUUAGAGACGCUCGAUCUUUCGGACAACAGACUCCUCUUCUUUCCUUUCCUGCCCACUCAAAGCCAUUUAAAGAACCUCUACCUGUCUCACAACACGGUCAGAUUCUAUGAGCAUCUGGCCGACAAAGAUGUGUUCCCAAACUCAACCUCAACGGUUGAGUUCUACAACAUAAAGUAUGUGAAAAAUGUGACUGCUGCGUUGUGGGACGACAGUCUUCACGGUGACGUCUCCUCUCUUGAGAUUUUAGAUCUGAGGGUGAACCAGGUGACGUACUUCCCUCACGGAUUUGUCCAGAAAAUGCCUUCUCUCACCAGACUUCAGAUGUGCAUGAACUGCCUGGAAACCUUAAAUCUAACGAGAGAGCGGUUCUCUGACAGCUUGUACGAGCUGGACGUCAGCGACAACAGACUGAGCGAUAUUAUAGCAGACGAAGACACACUGUCCACACUUGGGAAUUUGACAUACGUGAACCUGAGCCUGAAUGGUCUACAGUGGCUACCUGGGGGAUUAUUUUCCUCCCUGCCAAGCGUCCGGUCAGUGGACCUCAGCUACAACAACAUAGACAUUUGCAUUUCUGAGGAAGCUGAGAUCAGAACGGACACUAUGUCAAAUUGUGUGGAUUGGAAAAACCUUGCAUCCCUGAGGCAGCUUUACCUUAAGGGAUGCAACCUUGCAAGUAUUCCAGUCUCUGCAUUCGAUGGGCUGACGCUGACCCAUUUGGAACUUUCUGACAACCCUGGACUCAUCGCUCACAAAUCAAUACAAAGUCUGAGCAAAACAUUACAGCAUCUAGGUUUAGGAAACACUCUCAUAGAAGACUUUGACUUCUCCUAUUUCCAAAGUUUGAAGUUUUUAAACAUUUCAAGGAACUCUCUCGCCCACAUUCCCCCUUCUCUUCUAGACCUUGACCUGAAAACCCUCGACCUGAGGGACAACAGACUGUCCACUAUUCCCUCAGGUCAGGCGAAUGCAUUAGCCCCAAAACUUCAUACUGUUUUCCUCGCUGGAAAUCCGUUCAACUGCUGCCAAACAGAAUGGUUCAGGACGUUCAAAACAAUAGAGACGCUCGACAUGGUGGGACAAUCAGACAUCGAAUGUAAGGACCUCUCACAAUUGAUACACAGGAUGGAGCACCCCCAGUCAAUUUUGUGUGACGAACGCGGUGAAGAAUCUAUAUUCUGGUACAUCCUGCUCAUAUUACCCAUCUGUCUCACGUGUAUGGGAAUUUCUAUCAUCGGUUUUCUCAUGUUCAAGCCCAAAAUGCUACAAAAAUCGAUAAAAAAGAAGUGUUUGAAACCUACAUCCUAUUGAUACUUUAUAAACCCUAAACACAACUAACUUCUGUACAGUAUAUUAUUGAGAAAUAUUGGAAAUAAACUCAACUGAUUUCAAGUGUCUAUAAACAAAGAGGUACAGUAUUCUGUUUUGCACGCUGCCGUGUAUCGUUCUGUGAAGUGCGGUUUCAAAACCAGGCCCUAAUCCUGAUACCUUGAUGUAAAAAUGUGGCCGCGUUCUUGUGGGACUCGGUGUGUGCGAGUGUACGUGUGUGUGUGUGUGUGUGUGUGUGUGUGUGUGUGUGUGUGUGUGUGUGUUGAGAUAUGCAGAAGUAGUGUGAUGCAAGCUGUUGCUAUAAGCAGCAGAGGAAACAUGAAAUUUCCUGUUUUGCUAAGAUGUGCAGCAACUGCCCAGUUCUGUAUCUCACAGAGUACGGUUUUGAGGUUUCCUUCCCAUAAGUGACACUGACAUGCAUCAUUCACACAAAAUUCCAGUGUGUUGCUACUUAAGAGAGUUGAUUCCAGGCUAAUCUACUGUGCCGUGUACAUCGUAUCAAUGUAAUAAUAAAUUUACGUUUGCAAAGAUCACAAUAAA